UCAAACAAUCCUUUGAUUAAACAAUUAGAAGCAGAAACCAAAACCUAUUGAAAUACGUAUAUAGGUGUGCUAGAAUAUUAUGAAAAUCGAUGGGUGCAAUUUUGUGUAGUUGAAAAAGGUCAUUUUUCUAUAGUAUUACAUGUGACUGACCGUCUGGAUGACCGCAGUUCAACCAGCAUUUUUUAAUGGAAGUUUGAAGGUUAUCAUUACGUUAUUAUCCCUUGCUUAUGCAAUACACGGCGGAGAUGUUACCGGUAAUGAAGUGUCAGAAGGAAGCAGUUACGGCGGUAGUUCUGAAUCGUAUUACGGAACGCAAGCAAUCCAAUCAGGGAUUUCCGGUUCUUACUAUUCCGGUCAAGACGUAUCAGGAUACGCAGCUGGACAAGCCCCAAGUGAUACUGUUUCAACAGUAAAUCAGCAAAUACCCGUUCCUGUCCCGCAACCAGUUCAGAUACCUAUAAACAACCCUGUACCAUAUCCAGUGCCUCAACCAUAUCCCGUUAAUGUUCCCAGAGCAGUGGAAAUUCCUGAACCGGUACCACAAAGGGUUGAAAUACCUAGACCAGUACCAAUAACAGUAACGCGUCAAGUACCAUAUCCGGUACCACAACCAAUACAAGAACGAGUACCGUAUCCAGUACCUUAUUCUGUUCCACAACCUUAUCCAGUUGAGGUUCCUCAACCAGUCCCCAUAAGGGUUCCACAAACGAUAGUCAUUCCACAACUGCAGCCUAUUAAUGUUCAAGGAGGUGGAGGGGCACAACAAGGUGGAUACUUUGGCGGUUCUAAUGGAAUACACGGCGGAAGUUCAAUUUAUUCUAACGGAAAAGGACAAACAAUUACAUAUACGUCUACAAAUCAUCUCGCUGGAGCAAAGAGUUCAUCCACAAUUGUCUUAGGAUCGAAACAUCAUUACUAAAAUGCAAAAAACG